AUGGAGCUUGGAAACCACACAAUGGUGACAGAAUUCAUUAUUUGGGGGUUAACAGAGAAUCCUACACUUUGUUCCAUCUUCUUUGUGGUUUUUCUAGGCAUCUACGUUGCUACCAUGUUGGGCAAUAUCAGCAUAAUCAUGUUAAUCCAAAGAAGCCCUCAGCUUCACACCCCAAUGUCUCUUUUCCUCAGCCAUUUGGUCUCUGUGGACCUUGGGUACUCCUCAUCAGUCACACCUAUUAUGAUUGUGAGUUUCCUAAAAGAAAGAACUACUAUCCCUGUCACUGGCUGCAUAGCUCAGCUUGGCUCUGAUGUUAUCUUUGGAACAGCUGAGGGCUUCCUGUUGGCUGCCAUGGCCUAUGAUCGUUAUGUGGCCAUCUGCUUCCCACUGCUCUACUCUACCACGUCUCCCAGGGUCUGCAUCAUCUUACUGAUUGCUUCCUAUCUGGGAGGAUAUGUGAAUGCUUCAUCAUUUAUUGGAUGUUUAUUGAGUCUGACUUUCUGUGGACCAAAUAAAAUCAACCAUUUCUUCUGUGACCUGCCACCACUAAUGAAGCUUUCUUGUAUCCAUGUUUAUGUUGCUGAAAUAUCUUCUGCCAUCUCAGCUGGGUCAAUCAUUGUAAUCACACUGUUUACCAAAAUAGUUUCAUAUCUGUACAUCCUCCACUCAAUCCUGAAGAUGCACUCUACAGAGGGAAGGCACAAGUCCUUCUCUACUUGCACUUCCCACCUCACUGUAGUUACUUUGUUUUAUGGGACAGUCACAUUUGCUUACAUCAUACCGAAGUCGAGCCACUCACCUGAACAUAUUAAAGUGGUGUCUGUCUUCUACACAGUGGUGAUCCUCAUGUUGAACCCUCUGAUCUACAGUCUGAGGAACAAAGAGGUGAAAGAGGCCAUGAGAAAAUUGAUAGCUAGAAUACAUCAGUCAUUUUGA